AUGACAAGCGCACUUCUUUUUCUCGUGUCUCUUCUUCCCUUCUCUCUUCCUCUGACUUUGUUUGCAUCCGACUCAGUGGUGUCAAGGGACGUGUGCCGAAGAGCUGAAUCACCGGACUACCUAGCGGUGGUGGGUGCGUACGGAGCCUCUAGGAUAUCAGCGUUGUUGAAAUUACAUUAUGCGCCCAAGAAGUUGGUUGUGGCGGAGCGAUAUGUAUUCUACUCUCGUGUGCAAAAGCCGGGCGAAAGCAUAGCGGAGUUUGUGGUUUCAAUAAAACAUUUGGCUAGUUCGUGCAAAUUUGGUACCUUUUUGAAAGACGCUUUGAGGGACAAAGUGAUUUCCGGCAUUUCUAAUGAAACUAUCCGGCAGAAAUUGUUGUCGGAGGAAUUGGACUUUGACGAAGCUUAUGCUUCUGAUUUGGACAUUGCUAAGUUGAAGAGUAAAUUUAAGUCAGUUUUUCAGCCUGGAACGGGCGAAAUUAAGGGUGUUAAGGCUCAUAUUGUCUUAAAGGAGAGGACAGUCCCUAAGUUUUGUAAGGCGAGACCAGUGCCUUUUGCGUUAAGGGAGAAAGUUGAGAGUGAGUUGGACCGCAUGGUUCAAGAGGAUGUUGCGUACAGAGUUACUAAUUCACAGUGGAGCACUCCACUUGUGGUUGUCCCUAAGCCUAAUGGUGUUAGGCUUUGUGCCGAUUAUAAGAUUACUCUUAAUCAGUGUAUUGAAAUGGAACAUUAUCCGCUUCCACAGGCUCAAGAUAUUUUUGCAACUCUAGGCGGUUGCUCAGUUUUUAGCUGCCUUGAUCUUUCAAAUGCGUAUCAGCAAUUGGCGGUAGCGGAUGAAUCGCAACAUCUGUUGACCUUAGCCACCCAUAAGGGUCUGUAUCGAUUAAAAAGGCUACCAUAUGGUUUGUCUUCAGCUCCUGCAAUUUUUCAGUCAGCCAUCGACCAAAUUUUAACAGGUCUUCCAGGAACGGUGGCGUACUUAGAUGACGUCUUAGUAGCGGCUCGCUCUAAGGAAGAGGGGCUCGCCCGUCUGGCGCAAGUGCUGCAACGCCUUGAUGAGUUUGGUGUUCGAGUAAACCAACAAAAGUGUAAGUUUUUGCAAUCAUCAAUAGAGUAUUUAGGACAUGUGAUUACCCGAGAUGGUCUCCGUCCACAAGAAAGUUUGUUAACUGCGCUGCGUAAAGCGCCUGAGCCUAGUACUAAGGAAGAGUUAAGAGCCUAUAUUGGUCUAAUAAAUUAUUAUCAUGCAUUUAUACCUAACCUGUCUGCUAGAAUAAGCUGUUUUUAUGACUUAUUACAUAAGGAUCAUCCAUGGGUGUGGUCGGAGGUGUGUUCUAAGACUUUUCAGGAGAGUAAAUCAUGGGUGUUGGACUCAAGUUUGUUAGUUCACUAUGAUGUGAAAAAGCCCAUAGUUCUGACGUGUGAUGCGAGUCCCAGAGGGGUGGCUGCUGUUCUAUCUCAUCUUAUCGAUGGGCAGGAAAGGCCAAUUGCCUUCGCAUCGAAAACGCUAAGUUCCAGUGAACGGAAUUAUUCCCAGUUACAUCGGGAGGCUCUGGCUUUGAUCUUUGGAGUCAAAAAGUUUCAUAAGUAUAUAUAUGGAAGACACUGUAUUCUACAGACUGAUCAUCAGCCGUUGACGGCUAUUUUUGGCUCUAAAAAGGGCGUUCCUAGUAUGGCGGCAGCUAGGCUGCAGAGAUGGGCCUUGAUUCUAUCAGCAUAUGAUUUGGAGGUUAGGUACCGGAAGGGAGUGGAUGUCCCUCACGCUGAUGCGUUGUCUAGGUUACCCUUAGCAGAAGCGGAACCUAUAGAGCUGGAUGCUAAUUUUGUUUCACAUGUAGAUGUGUGUACAGAAGUGAUGAACAAUUUCUGUGUUGUCAAGGACAUUGCACCUAUUACUGCCUUGCAUAUAGGUAAAAUGACGGAUAAGGAUCCGAUUCUUUCGAAGGUCCGAGAUUUUGUGAUGUACGGCUGGACGAGCUCUGUUGAGCCGGAACUAGCUAUUUUUCUAAGGAAGAAGGACGAGUUGUCCGUGGAACAAGGUUGUUUGCUGUGGGGUUCUCGUGUAGUGAUUACAAAGAAACUGUAUUCAUCUGUGCUUCAAAUGUUGCAUGAUCAACACCCGGGAGUUACCCGCAUGAAGAUGCUGGCGAGAAGUUAUGUCUGGUGGCCAGGCAUGGAAAAGUCGAUUGAGGACGUAGUGGCUUCUUGUUCUGCUUGUCAGUUAACUAGGAAUUCGGUACCUAAAGUACCGUUGCAGCAAUGGCCUACAACAUCAACUCGAUGGCAGAGGAUACACAUUGACUUUGCGGAGGAUCCAGAGUCGAGACAGCAACUUUUAGUUUUGAUUGACACAUACUCUAAAUGGUUAGAGGUAUUUAUCAUGAGUUCCAUGAAUUCUUCCAAGGUUAUUGAGAAACUCCGUACCUUGUUUUCAUCGUAUGGAUUGCCUGUCGAACUGGUGUCGGACAACGGAAGAUCUUUUACUAGUCAAGAGUUCAAAACCUUGUUGCAUAACAACAAUGUGAAGUUCACAUUAACUCCCCCGUAUCAUGCGGCUUCAAAUGGAUCUGCAGAUAGAAGUGUUCAGGAGGUCAAGAAAAACCUUUUGCGUCAAGUGAUUGAGGAACAUCAGCGUUCUCAGCGUACCACUCUUCAAAUGAAAUUAGAUAAUUUCUUGUUUGCGUACCGCAACACUCCAAAUACAGUUACAGGCUUAACCCCUGCAGAAAUGUUCCUGUCUUGGAAGCCUCGCACACAGUUGGUUAUGUUAAAACCGAAUCUCCAGUCAUCCAUUGAUCAAAAACACAGGGAACAAAAAGAUGCAGCUGAUAGGCUUAGGGGAAGAAGUAGAUUUUUCUCAGAAGGUCAGGCAGUCUAUGUCAAAACUGUCCGAAAUGAAAAGAUAUCUUGGGUUCCUGGCAAAAUAAUUAUACAGAGAAGUCCGGUCACCUAUCUUGUGAGUGUCAUUGGUGGAAAACCCCGAUUUUGUCAUGCAGACCACUUGAGAGCUCGGUAUGCAGAAGAGGAGGAGAUUUUUGUAUCACCCAAGGAUCCCGUUGUAUCACCCCAAGUACCCAAGAAUUCACCCCCGCCGGAGGAUCGACCAACUAGUCCCCUGAUGAUGUCACCUGUACCUAGGCCUACUACCAGUCCCAGGGAGAGCCUAGGGCAAGCCCAGCCUCAGCCAACUCCUGCGUCGCCGCUAGCACAGUGCAGCCCACCACCCUCGCUGAGGAAGUCUGGACGGACUGUGCGAAAGCCUCACAGGCUGGACUUGUAA